UGUUGAUUCUCAGUUCAGUUUUGAAUUUGGAAUGUAUCGAAUUGUUGCGUUUCUGCUGGGCCUGCUUGCCUCCCAAGGGUAUGGAUUUAAGAUCCAACCGCGGAUAGUUGGUGGUAGAACUGCAGCCAUCACAACUUAUCCGUACCAGGUAUCCAUCAUCGCGGAUGGCAACCAUAUUUGCGGUGGGGCUAUCAUCAAACCGUCUACAAUCAUAACUGCGGGCCAUUGCGUAUACGGUCGUUCCGCCACCGAGCUCAGCAUUAGAGCUGGAUCGGAUUACAGGACUUCAGGUGGUGUCGUCGUUCAAGCGAGUGGUUACAAAACACAUCCAAAUUUCAAUAGGAACACACUAACCUUCGAUGAGGCAUUGAUAUAUCUGAAGACUCCUCUUACCUACAGUUCGAAAAUUCGACCCAUUCAGCUGAUCAAUCGAGGUUUACGCGCUAAAGAUACUGCUAAAGUUUCCGGCUGGGGAACAACCUCUGAGGGUGGCCAGUUAUCUGAAGUUCUUCGAACUACAAGUUUUCCUAUUGUAUCGCGUGCAAGAUGCAAACGCAUCUAUAAGAAGGCCCUUACUCGGAGCAUGUUCUGUGCUGGGAGGAUGGUUGGCGGUCGAGAUACUUGCCAAGGAGAUUCUGGCGGACCAUUGACAGUGGAUGGGAAGCUUGCUGGUGUCACUUCAUACGGAAAUGGAUGCGGAAAACGUGGCUAUCCUGGAAUUUAUACUAGAAUCAUCGCUACGAGGAAAUGGAUCAUUAGAAAUGCAAAGUGAUAGAUUUCAUUGUGGUUGAAUAGAAAAUUACUUUUGUGUAAAUUCGCAAUUUU